ACAGUGACAGCACGCGCGGGGGACAACGCUGGCGUGAGGCCAGUCACGUGACCCAGCCCUGCCAGCUGAAAGUGUUCCAUUUGCUGCCACAUCUUCUCCUGAAGCUCCACAGUUACUGUGUCGACUGGGAUCGUCGCGAUGACGCAGAGACGACCAUCACCAACCAGCGAUUGAUUACGGUCGAAGCAGUUGUAGUUCACUGCGUGUUGUCGCCAGCCGUGGUGGCUGUCUGCGAGGAGACUUUGCUUGGUGCGAGUCUUUAUUUAUAUACGUUAGAGGCGAAACCUGUUUUGCCGGUACAGACUCACCCAAAAUAGACCGACCCAACCGACUGGCCCAUGACCACAGUUAGAGCAGCAGUAAGAAUUAAGGGUGUGUGAAGUGUGAAAACAAACCUCACCCUAAGCAAAAAUUCUUGGCUAGUUUCUUGAUUCACAUGACUAACACCGACAUUCGGAUACCGCGGGGCCAAAGUGUCUUUAUACCUGUUCUCCACCCUGGCACAUCGGUCUGAGACGGUGAGUGUACGGGUGUCAGCAACACCAGCCUGACACUGUCGCUACUGUAAAGGAUAGUAGUGUGACUGACAGUAGCUGAAGGCCCCAGCCCUGUACUAAGGUAACCUCUCUGCCAGGAGCAGCCUCACCCGACGACAGGUGCGACAACAUGGAACACGAAGUGGCCUACGCGACGGAGCUGACCAAACUUCACCACACCAACUACGUCCGCAACUCUCGGGCCAUAGCGGUGCUGUGGGGUAUAUUCACAGUCGUCUACGCCAUCCUCAACAUCGUCGUUUUCAUCCAGCCGCAGUGGUUCGGCGACACAGGCGAAAGUUCUGUGCCGGGCUUCUUCGGCUUGUGGCGCUACUGCGAGGAGACAACAUUUGGCUCGGAUUUCGUGUGCAAGGGCGACUUUCUUGAUUUCACCAACAUCCUCAACCCAUCAUUCCAGGCGGCAUCUUUCUUUGUUGGUGUGGCGGCGCUGCUGUUUCUAAUCAGUAUCGCCUGCUUCUUGCUGUUCUUCUUCCUGAACACAGCCACUGUGCUCAAGAUCUGUGGCUGGUUCCAGGCUGUAGGCGCUGUUUUCGUGCUUCUGGGCUGCAUAAUCUACCCGAGUGGAUGGGAUCACCAGGAGGUGAAGCUGGUGUGUGGCCAGGACGCGGACAAGUAUAAGAUCGCCAGCUGCGGACUUCGCUGGGCCUACGCUCUCGCCAUCGUCUUGAUCUUCGACGCCGCCAUCUUGGCUAUUCUUGCGUUCGUGCUUGCCGCCAAGCAGGCUCGUCUGCUACCCGAGGUGUACAAACAAGAAAAAGUAGCGGAGGCGCCGGGCUUCUCCAGUGACACGCUGUCCAAGAGGUCUGUGGUGCCCAUCAUGUCAGAGGACCGGUACUCUGAGUACUCCCACCGCUCCCAGAAGUCCAAGCGCUCCGCACACUCCUCACACUCCCUGCGUGCCAUGUAGCGGAAGCGGGGUGGUCCUCCAUACUUGUCGCUGCCUGGAAACUCAUGCGCAUGGAUUGCUGGCAUUUUGUACAUUAUUCAUUUCUACAUUCACGAGCGGGGCUGUACAUGUUCUCAAAGGACUGUUUUAAGAAAGUGCUAGGUACUUCUAUAUAUUGAAACGUUAUUAUGAAUGGCAUAAUUUCCACAGCUUCUCUUGUAGCGCCUCAUCAGUGAAACUUGCUGAAAAUCGUGUCGACGAACCUUGCUGAAUGUUUCAUCAUUGAACCUUGCUGAAGGUUCGACAUGUGAAUACUUUUGACUCUGGUACCACGAUCUGACGCUGCUCUCCUGCAGCCUGGUUCCAUCAUGGCAUCAGUGCAAAAACAAAACAACUUCCUAUGGAUCGGAAAUACGACUUUUUAGCCUUUUCAGGUCCACCAAGUACCUGCGUGGGAUAUCGAACUUCUGGAAAGCGGUACAUGGAGUGAGAACGAGGUCCUCGACAGGACAGUCACCCCGCACCAACAUUCUCACCUGCAAUAAAGCCAAGCCAUUAUUGUACACGCAAGUGCAUUCUGAUUAUAGCAAACAUGAGUUGAAACUGCUGCAUAAUGUAAGUAUUCAAGCUGAAGGCACGCUAGCCAAGUCCUUGCUGAACUACCACUCAGUAAUCCGAGUUGCUGCCUGCUGUAUACAUACUACCAAUGCAGGAGUGAAAUCGUCAGGUUCAUGGCCGCCUCUUGAUCUUGCCCUUUCUUACCUCUGUAGAUCACUGAAGACAGCUCACGCAUUUGGCGAGGGGUCAAAUAAUUUCUGCUGAAUAAAAAGCUGCGGAUGUAUUAUUGGGCAUAUCAGCCAAGUAUAUUUGCGAGCGAAGACAAAGUGCCUAUCCCACUCUCCCCACUUCACUUUCAGUGAAGCACAAAAGCCACCUUCCUUGUUUGUUCUUGAUGUAGUCAGAUGUAAAGACAAAACUCGAAAGUUCUUAUCAAAAUGGUAUAUAUGUAUAUCUGCAUUAGCAUGGUGCAUAUUUAUGAGCAGAAGGCUGUGUAUUUCUAAUGUUAUAUUUCUUCCUGCACACAACGUUAUUUCUGCAUGAGCAAGUUCUUGUUUCUUUACGAGAGGGCUGUUAUUUGUGCAUAGGCACGAUGUAAAUAAAUCGUGCUUCAAUGA